AUGGCUCCUACGCGACCGCGAAAGCAGGCCUCGGCAGAGUCGGGCUCGUCGCUCGAGAAGCGCGCGACAUCCAGCGGCUCCGACACCCCUUCCACCCCCAAGCGAAGCCCCAUUCAGAAGAAGCCGACGGGAAUCACGCUGCAGCAGAAGCAAGCGUUGAUCGAGAAUCUGCGCCUAGAGAUCACCGAGCGGGCUCGCAGAUUACGCGCGCAGUACCAUCUCCAAGCGCAGGGCCUCAGGUCGCGCAUCGAGAUCCGUCUCAACCGGAUACCAACCGCGCUCAGGAAGGCCACUAUGGGCGACCUGCUCCUCAAAUACGCAGAGCAGGCGCAGCGGGCGCCCAGUCGCCCGCUACCGCAACCCGUCAAGGAUCUGCCGUUGCUCCCCAGUCCUCAGAAGCCUAUCCACCAAACCACUCGCGCGCCGCAGGUUGGACGCGCCCAGAAGCGGUUGAGCAAUGAGAUUCACGUGGACAAGGAGAAUGAGCUUCAAAAGGGCGAGCGUCCUAGCAAGAGAGCUCGCGGCGCGGAUGCCGGGCCAGUUCGCCCAGCGCUGGUUCUGUCACCUACAUCGUCCAACUCUCGUUUGACGAACUUCAACCGCGCAACAUCCCCCACCAAGUCCUAUCUGUACAAGUCCAGCUCUCCUCUGAAGACUGCCAUCUCUCGACCCGCCACUGCCUCAGGACUAUCUGAUAAGGCGGCAGAGACGCGUACUAGGGGACUCAGAAAAGUCACGACAACAUCCAAUUCAAGCUCCAGCUCUGGCGGAGCAACGGCGGCAGCGGCAGCGCGAACAAAGCGCACCACAACAGUGGCGCCCAAGGGGCCCCCGGGAAAGCCUGUGGCAGCUCGAACAACGCGCAGAGCUAGUGAAACUGGCGAAUCGAGCGACGCAAGCGCAAACGCAAUGCCCCGCAAGACUACGGGCAAGGGUAGCGGUGCCAUUACAAGAAAGCCCGUGAUGAGCAGUCCGAGAAAGCCCAGUUCGGCGGGUGUAGUGAAGUCGACGGCGAAGGCAGGAUCCGCCGCGUCGACCACUACCACGAGGAGGACUUUGAGAAAGAGAGGAUGA